AUGGCUGAAGACGAUUUCGACACUGGGGACUUGUUCCAGGAUCCCGAGGGAUUUUAUCCCGAAGAGGCCCCGCCCUCCUUCGCCGAGCACCAGAUGCUGUGCGGGAAAAUGGUCCGCGUGCGUCUCGUGGGCAGCCACCCGCUCUAUGGAAAUCUUCUCUGGAAUGCAGGACGAACUAGCUCCCACUAUAUCGAGGAACGGACCGACAAGCUCCUUCGCGACAAAGAUGUCCUCGAAAUUGGCGCCGCCGCCGGCGUCCCUAGUAUCGUCAGUGCCAUUCAGGGCGCUCGGACGGUGGUAAUGACCGACUAUCCAGACCUGGACCUAGUUCAGAACAUGCAAUACAAUGCCGACUUGGCGAUCGAUAUGAUUCCAAAGCGUGCCGACUCCCAGAAACGAUUACAUGUGGAGGGCUAUAAAUGGGGCAACCCAGUGGAACCCCUCCUGGAACAUCUGCCUCCAGCCACGGAAGAUACACUGCCUGGCUUCGAUGUGCUCAUCAUGGCCGAUGUCAUCUACAAUUACCCCGAGCAUGGAAACCUCGUGAAAACCAUGCAGCAGACUCUGAAGAAAACACCAGAGGCCGUGGCGCUGGUUAUCUUUACGCCAUAUGAGCCCUGGCUCCUACCGCAGACCGAACGAUUCUUUCCAUUGGCAGAGACAGGGGGAUUUACAGUGACCAAAGUUUUUGAAAAGCUCAUGGGUACGGUGCUUUUUGAGAAUGACCCUGGGGAUGAGCGACUUCGGAGAACGGUGUUUGGUUAUGAGCUGCGUUGGUCACCAGAUCAAUUGAGUGGCAAUGCGUCCGAAUCUGCAUAA